UUGUCGAUGAUGUCGCUAGAGACGAUUGCGCUUUCAUCUGGUCAUUCUAAUUACACUUAUGUAUUUACGUUUGUAUACAUAUAGAUGUAGACGGUGCACAUGAAUAACUCUGAAGUUUUAAGAAAUGGGAUACCUAUGUUUACUAUCAUUUUCUACUAAUUUUCUGUGAACACUUUCUAAAUAAUACAAUUAAAUGUUUGUUAUAAUUUAUUGUCAUAUUUAAAACAGUAUUGUGUGUUUGCCCUUAGAGAUAUUUUCUUCCUUAACAGCAGUAUUUUAUGAAGAAUAACCUUUGUGAAUUAUGUGAAGUAAUAUUAUUAGUUUUAUUCUGAACAGUUUCUGUUUACUGCAAAAAGUCUUAUAAAUCGCUACCGAAUACAAUAUUGAGGAUAACCUUACCGGGAAAAUGGCAUCGUCGCUAUCAGCAUAUUGGGUAAAAUUCUUUAAGGGUGCAGGAUUUCCUCAGGAUGUAGCCACGAAACAUGCAGUUGUGUUUUCUAAUAAUCGUAUUAAACCAGACAUGUUGCCAGAUUUAGAUAAGCCUAGUCUCAAAGAAAUGGGAAUAACAUUAAUGGGAGAUAUGAUUGCUAUCUUGAGGUAUGCAAAAAAAGUUGUCGAAGAGACAACCUGUGAAAAAUUCCUUGUUGAUACCGAAGAUACAUCUGGUAUACCUAAACCAACAGUUAAAAAGGUGGUAUCUAAAACAUCUACAAAAGCAGUGACUUCUAAAAUUAAACCUGAGACAGUAGUCACGAAAAAGAUCCUAAAAACUCCUACUACUUCAGUAAAGAAAGCUUCAUCUAUUAAAAAAUCAGUUUCUAUACCUAGUGAAGCAGUUACAAGUCGUUCUAAUCAAAAGAAACAAAUUAUUCUUAAAAGAAAAUUGGAAGAUGAAGAUGAAUUUGAUGAUAAUGAACAUAAAUGGAGUGAAUCAGUGAAGAAAGUAAAGUCUCUUGAUACUAAAGAUGACACAGUAGAGUAUACUGUGAUACUUCCAAAGGGAUCAACUCCUAGAAGUCAACAAAUUCUUAAAAAGUCUAUAGAACAAAAACGAACUGUAUUUGAUAGGUUGGGUGAUAGUUCUGUAACCAGUACUACAAACCCAUCUGAGACAUCACCAACUUUUAAUGUAACUGGACUAGGAAAAGAUAUUUUCAAAAGAUCUGUAAGUGUUUUUAACCGACUAGGAGAUAAAGAUGCCAAAAAAGAUAAUGUUACUCAGACAGGAAUAUUGAAAAAUGGUACAACUGGUACAGGAAUAUUAAAAACUAACAUGAGAACUUCAAUUAUUACAACAAGCAAAAUUGUACCAAAAAAUGUGGGGACAAUGCGAGCUGAUCAAGAAGCAAGUAAAAAAAUUAUGUCAAAUAAUGUUAAUCAAUUAGUAAAAACAACGAAAAGGAUUUCUUUUAACAAUGCAUCUUCAACUGACACAAGAACAAUUACAUCCAAUGUUAUGUCUGGAAAAUUAGCCUCGGAACGAUUAACUUCUAUACCGGCAAAGGCACGUUUAGGAGCGAUUAGAACGAAUGGUGCUAAGCAAGUAACAUUUGACAGAAUUGCAACAGUAGCUCAUGUGAAGAAACCGGAUGUUUUUAGUCGCCUUGGAAUUUAAAAGACUAUUUACAUUAAUUUUGCCUUUCUGUUAUUAAAAUAACAUGUAUGUUUGUGAGUAAGAAUUCUUUGUACAAAGUUAAAUAGUUUACUAUGUAAAAUGUAAAAGCAAAGAAACGAUUAAUUAUUAAAUCAUGUUAAAAAGAAAAAGUAUAUACAUACUAUUGAAAUACUUAUGGAUAUCUCAUAAUAAAUUAUAACCAGAUAUUUAUUUCAAUUUCUUACAAUGUAAUAAACAUUAUAAACGUGCAAUUUU